AAAGAAUGACGUGAAGGGGAAGUAAACCGAGCCACUACGGCGACCGUUCGAAGAGAGGGUUAAGGUAAGAAGUGGAGAGGGUGAUAGUGCGUGCGGCCGAGCGCGCAGUUUUCUUAAGCGGUAGAUUUUUUCCGUUCUUUUUUUCGUUUUUGUUCGGUGUGGCCUCAAGAGGAAGCGGGCGUCCGCUGAUGUCGUGCACUCAGUCGUCCGCCAACUCGCUCCGAAAGGACCCGCUGACAGCCCGGUCCACGCGUACGUGGUCCGUCAUGGUUCGUGCUCAUUGCGUCGGUUUCUGUUUGCUGCUCGCCGUCGGCUAUUCCUUCGCCGCAAGCGACGUCAUUACGCCAGAAAAAUGCGGAGGUGACUUCAAGGAAGUGCGAGUCAACCCGUGCACACAGUUGCCCUGCAACUUUGAGAGAGGAAAGAGUGUUGGCAUAGAAGUGGACUUUACUCCUGAGGCCAACUUCGACAGGCUUCAGGCGACGUUCAAAGGGGAGCUGACACCGGGCACCUGGCUUCCACUACCUGGCUUUAAGAAAAAUGCCUGCGCGAAAAGCGGCCUCGAGUGCCCGUUGGAAGCUGGAAAGCAGUACACUUUCUCCAAGCAGAUCUCCGUACUGCCUUCGUUCCCUACGCUUGAAAUCAAGGCAGAAGUGCGACUGAAGGCGGGCAACGGCACGACGAUCUUCUGUUUCUACGUUCCCGUGAAGAUUGUAUGAACGCCAUCACCGCCACAGAGGCCGACGGCGAUUCCAAUCUGCAACCGCCUCAACAAGCUGUGCCGUCCCCAGAUCGAAAUGACUAUAUGUGGUCCUGUUUUGAACACCAAAGUGCAAUUCGACACAGCAGUGUCUUGAGAGCCCUUUUUUUUCAAGUGUUACACAUUUUUGUACCGGGCCCAUUUUUAAUGCCUGUAUCUACUGGCCCGCAUUCUUUGAACAUUGUAAAGUUACUUACUCUCCGUAAGGCUACAUUAUACUACUUGUGCAAUAAGUGCAAUAACAACGCUUGUAAGUUCUACCCAUGAAAGAACCUGUUAGAAGAUUAUGUAUUUAAUAACCAAUCGGCGUAUUGCUACUCCAAUUACUUUCGCAAUACAGCGACCCGUAGUAACGUAUAUUAUAUGUCAGAAUAUUUACUGUUUCGGGCAUUGCCUUCAAAGGUAAAAUGGUGAAUGCAACGUCAUGGUGUUUUACAUGGAAAAAAUUGCUUUCUUUUCAAAAUCAUUCUUUGAUUUUUAAAUUCACAAUUUCGAUUGCAUGUGUGCGUCUGUGCACGUGUUAAGCAAUAAAGUGUAUGUUUCGAGACAUUAUUCCUGCUUGUGCGUUA